AUGCCUGCAACAAGUUUUGUUCGUACUGUUUUUAGCGAUUUUCUCAAGAAGAGUGGUCUUGAACCCACAUUGCUUGACAGACUCAGGAUCACUAGAUCUAGUCCUGGCGUGGUUCAUUUAAAUUUGCCGAUUGAGAAAAAACACACGAACCGCCUUGAAAUUCUUCAUGGGGGAACAAUAGCGUCAAUCGUUGAUCUUGGUGGUUCGCUUGCAGUCGCUUCUAAAGGUCUUUAUAGCACUGGUGUUUCUACUGAUAUCUCUGUGACAUAUCUUAGCAGCGGUGGAAAAGUUGGAGAUGAGAUAAAUAUUAAAUGUACUUGUGAUCGAAUGGGUCGUACAUUAGCUUUUACCACCAUUGAACUUUCAAACGUCCAUAAUAAAGUGUUUGCUCGAGGAAGUCAUACGAAAUACAUUAAGGAUGCCUAUAAAGAUCCGUUGAAUCAAAUUGAUGCGCAUAAAAUAAAAUAG